AUGUACUCUUUGUCUUCCAAUGCUGCGCGAGAAAUAUCCAACCUAUUAUCCCACAUGUGUGGGAUAAAACCUGGCGAUGAUUGGAAACCUACCUUGCUGUCGUUUUGCCACUUGAUCACAAUUAUUCUAUUUGUAUCACAUGAAAUAUUCCUUGGGUCUGGCUUUGAUACCAUAUUGCUAUUCAAAGUAUUCAUUUUCCUCGUGAGGGGGCUUAGGUCAUCGUCAAGGGAAGUAGCCACGGUGAGCAACAAAUUUUCUGCGUAUACUGAUCUUUUUUACGAAGCUCUCUGGAUGAUUGUUCCUCCAGUUUCGGUCAACUUUCUUUAUAUUGCUUUUCAUAUGCACUCAUUCGACUUCAUGAAGGAGAUAUUACGAGCAGCUUUGGGUUGUCUUUAUGUCGUGGCAUACUUAGAUAGAUUUACACCUAAUCUAUACUCCAAUCUAAGAAAUAAAACUUGCAAAGUAGCCUUCUGCUAUCAGAAUACGGGAGGGGGAUCGGUGUCGAAGCUUACCUUGUUUAUUCAGACUGAGCUCACAUUUUUAGUAGACGAUAUUUUCAUAUUUACCUGUCGCAUCCCAAGCAUCUAUCGUAUAGUCGUUUUUGCUUCGCAUACGUUGUAUCUUUUGCAGUACUUUUUUUUUACCAGAGAAUUUCCCCAGGCCAAAGUGAAAGGGCAUCAAGGAGGUGAAUCGUUCGAAGAAAAAUACCCUGAUAGUCAAAAAGCCAUUCCUCAAAAUCAUGAGGCAAUGGCGUCUAGGGAGUUGAAUGAAGCAGAUAUAAGACUUCUUUCUCACUUAGAUCAAGAACCAACUUAUUGGUUGGAUGUACCAAGAUCCAAGUAUAACUCUGUGAUGCGGAUGAUGGUUUCUAACUUGGUAGAUCGUGGAGAAAAUAUUGUUGUUGCUGAUUUUACUUGCACAUCGGAUAUGGAAAAUAUUGCAUUUUUCUUACUUGAUAAACGAACUCAGGCAGCAAGUGGUAUGUUCUUAAUACCAGACCCACCUAUGGCUCGAUUAAUUGGCCUUGAGUGUGACCCUUUGCAGUCAGCACCUUCCACACAGAGAGAAAGAUCCGAUAUUAAAUAUUUAAAAGCGUCUUAUCUUCGUAGUCUGGGUCCGGAGGCUAAUCUGACGGCUUCUGAGGUCUGGCGUAGGCGCAAGAACAUCCUAGAAACAGGUACACCGGCUAUACAGAGCAUGUCUCAGAGUUUUUUUUAUGGUGUUUUAUUUUUCUUGCUAGUGCUACUAUUUCGAUUUCUUAUGAAAAUCAGUCCCGACCCUAUUGAACUAUUGGAUUGUCUAAAGUCCGCACCUGCCUCAAUGCAACCUUUGCGAGUUUCACGAUUCUCUAGUAUUCUCCCCAGGGAGCAUAGCCUUAAUAGGGCGAACACUGGCUUGCUUACUUUUUGGGAUAGCCAUUUAGUGUUUUGCGCUGUGGAUUUCUGGGAUUCAUAUCGUCAGCUGCUUUUCCAUACUAAUCCAUAA